UUGACAAAAAUUGAUUUUAACCAUGAAUGCCAAAAACCUUCAACCCGAAGCCUUCAACGCUGGCAGAUACAUGCCAACCUACCAAAGUCUCAAAUUCAAUUCACCCCAAGAAAAUGAAAAUAGCGAUAGCUCAAGGGUGUCCCUGACUUUCAAAUAUCUCAUCAGUCGUUUUUUAUCAAGUGAAGUCACCACGACACUCUUCAGAAAAGGUUUCGACGAGUACACAGUGCAAAUGGAGAAAGAGCACUUGAAAAAUUCAGUGCCCACAAAAUUGCCGAUCAAGUCAGGCCUAAAACCCGGAGAAAACCUAUUAAAUUUCUCAGAGCCCCUGCCAUGCACCAAAGACGAGAAAAAACACUGUAGAGACCUAUCUUUUUAUUUAUCGAACAGGGACAUCAAGCCAUUGCUUCCAGCUUCAGAUAUUUCCAAAGAAAAUUGGUCAAGAAAUCAAAAAGUCCAUCUCCUGAGAAAAGAACAGUCCCCCAAGUCCUUGAGUUGUAAAAACCUCAAUAAAUGGACAAAUCCUGUCACUUCUCCGGUGAGCAGAGAUCCCGACGCCACCACUGAUUCCGACACCGAAGAAAUCAUCAGGAGCAACAGCUCCGGAGCCUUCAGAACAGCAAAUGUCAUCCAUCAGAACAAUGAGAAGAAUGCGAAUAAAUUGAAAAGAAAAAACUCUGUGAACAACCAGUUCGUAUGCCCAGUAAAACGAGAUAAUAGACGCCAGGAAUCUGAACAAAUCAUACCAAAAACAGAAGUCUCCCCUGAUGCGCUAAUUGAGGACGAGAGGCUGAAGAACAUCGACCAGAAGAUGAUUGAGCUGAUAAGAAACGAGAUAAUGGACGGUGGAGCUACAGUGGAAUGGGAUGACGUGGCUGGCCUAGAGGGAGUUAAAAAGAUCAUCAAGGAGAUUGUGGUGUUCCCGAUCCUCCGACCAGACAUCUUUACAGGUCUUCGUCGUCCCCCCAAGGGAAUUCUAUUGUUUGGCCCUCCUGGUACUGGAAAAACUCUAAUCGGAAAAUGCGUUGCCAGCCAGAGUAAAUCCACAUUCUUCUCCAUAUCCGCCAGUUCCUUGACCUCCAAAUGGGUGGGAGAGGGUGAGAAAAUGGUGAGAGCUCUGUUUGCAGUGGCAAGGGUUCACCAGCCAUCGGUCGUCUUCAUCGAUGAAAUCGAUUCACUCCUGACUCAACGCUCAGAGACCGAACACGAGAGCUCCAGAAGGAUAAAAACAGAAUUUCUGGUGCAGCUCGAUGGUGCCACAACUGGAGAUGACGACAGGGUCCUCGUCAUUGGGGCAACUAAUCGACCCCAGGAGCUUGACGAAGCCGCCAGACGAAGGUUUGUUAAGAGACUCUAUAUUCCACUACCUGAGAGCAAUGCUAGGAAGCAGAUCGUCAAGAACCUCCUUAGGAAUGAGCGCCAUAAUUUAGAGGAUAAUGAUGUUGACAGCAUCGCGCGACUAACGCAGCACUACUCCGGAGCUGAUAUGGCUAAUCUCUGUAAGGAGGCCAGCAUGGGACCGAUCAGGAGUAUUCCCUUUGAGCAGCUCGAGAAUAUUCAUAAGGACAGCGUCAGGUGUGUGACUCUUGAGGACUUUCAAAAGGCCAUCGGACUUGUCAGACCUAGUGUCUCACAGACAGAUUUGGAUCUCUAUAUUAGGUGGGACUCCACAUUCGGCAGUGGAACUGCAUGCAACACCCCAGGAGAAUUAGAUUUGUAACAGUGAUCGAGUAAUUUUUUUUAUUGAAUUAAAUCACCAAUUUAGAAUAAUCAGGGAUCAAUAAAUCAUAUGGAAAAAAAUAUUUAAAAAAUGACUAAUGCUGACACACCUCUGCUCACAACAAUUUUUAUUGUUAGCCGCCGUCAAUAAAUUUAAUACAUACGUAAAUUUUCGAAAGCAGUGGACAAUUAUCUCAAAAUUAUACACUUCCACCAUUGAAUUUUU